ACAGUGGUGUUCCUGGAGAACGAGCUGAUGUACGGCGUUGCCUUCGAGAUGUCGGAGGAGUCACAGUCCAAAGACUUCACCAUUCCCAUCGGCAAGGCCAAAGUUGAGAGACAAGGGACUCACGUCACAUUGGUCUCUCACUCUCGGUACGUCAGCCACUGUCUCGACGCCGCUGCCGUCCUCGCCAAGGAGGGAAUAGAGUGUGAGGUGAUCAACAUGCGGACCAUCCGCCCUAUGGAUGUCGAUAGUAUUGAGACCAGUGUGAUGAAGACUAACCAUCUGGUGACAGUGGAAGGCGGCUGGCCUCAGUUCGGCGUCGGAGCUGAGAUCUGUGCCAGGAUCAUGGAAGGUCCAGCUUUCAACUACCUUGACGCUCCAGUCACCAGAGUGACGGGAGUCGACAUCCCGAUGCCCUACGCCAAAAUCCUAGAGGACAACAGUCUGCCGCAGAUCAAAGACAUCAUCGUCUCUGUGAAAAAGACCCUCAACAUCUGAGACACACACACACACACACACACAC